CCCACGAACACACGCGCCCCAGCUUUGGCCGAAGCCGCCGCGACCACGAGCAAUACCCGUUGUACGCAUCCGAGCUGCAGCCUCGACCGCUGGAGCGCCAAGCCGCGGAUCCCUCGAUCACAAUUCACAACCCUACGCCAGACGCCACACCACAGGCCACACCGAAUCAAUCUGCACCAACCAGACACACAUGCUACAUGCACACCAAAUCAAAAGCAGCAAGCAGUAGCAUCCGAUAUUCCGAUCCCGGCAAAAAAACAAUUCUCCCAGAAAAAAAAGAGAUUAUUUCGCCCCUCCUCCUCACCAAUCUCCUGCUCCCGAAAUUCCUAAUCUUUUUAAUCCGCGUUUUUCCUCCGGCCGUCGCCGCCCCCCCUGGCCUGGCUUGUGUGCAGCAGUAAUGAAGCGGAGGAGGAAAAGGAGAAAACGAAAAAGCGCAGGGAAAACAACGCACCAUCACCAGCAGAGAGCAGCAGGCAGGCACACAUCAACUCAUCUAAUCUACUACUACUACGACUCACUCAUCAAGCUGGGCGAUGCGUGUGAUUGCGAGCGUGUGAGCAGGCAGGCGGGCAGGCAGGGCGAAAAUCCGAGGAGGAAAAGUCCGCGAGAAUCUCCGGACUGCCCUCCCCACGCCCGUCAAAAAUCCAAUCUUGACGCCUCCCUGGUCGAGCCGAGACUGUUCCAAAGUUUCUGCCUCUGUGAUGCGGGAUUGCUGUCAGUUGGUUGGUUGCCGCUGGGCAAUGAGCCCCGCUCGCCUGAUCCCCGUGCUCGUCGUCGCCGGUUAAUCCCCCGCUUCAGUUCUUGUGUUUGUUCUGGUUCUUGGAGAGGAGAUUUUUCUUCGGCUCUCUCUCUCUCUCUCUCUCUCUCUCCCUCCCUCCCUCUCCGUGGAUUGCGCUGUGCGUGUUUGUCUGGAUUGGGAUGGGGGCGUGGCCCGAUUCGCCACCACCACAAGCACGGCUCCUCUUUUUUAUUGCCUCCGCACUGGGAUUUGCUUUCGCCUUGUUGCAGUAGUAGCUAUUUCCGCGAAUCGUCUUCUAGGGCUCACUUUACCCUUCGUUUCCCCACUUCUCCCCGCACCGAAUCCGCCCCCUUCCCCGGCCGCGCGCGUCCGGCCGCCGAUUCAGGCCGUGCAGCCGCCGAUUCCGCCGCGAAAUCGCGUCCUGGGUUUGGGUCCAUGAGGAAGCGGUGUUGAUUUGGAGGGGAGGCUUUUCUACUGCUUGGCCGCCGACGGGGAGGCUCCGGCCGGCUAGCCAUGUCUCAUCAAAUCCAAAGCUUCUCGCGGAACAACUGUGUGCUUCUCGCGGUGCUGUGUGGCAAGUAUGCUGAGAAGCGCGCACCAGCAGCGAGGUCUGGGCUGGAGGCGAAACGGCCGCGGCCGUCGUACCCGUUCCCGGAGCUCAGCUCGGCUGGGAGAUUGGAGGUCCACACCCUGUUCAAUCCUACACCGGAGCAGUUCCUAGAGGCACAGCGGGUGGUGCAGCCAAACUUCUUGUACAUUCAGGGUCAACAGCUCGAGGAUGAGAAGGAGAUUGGCUCACUUGUGUGGGGGGACGCCGAUGUCUCUGAUCCGCAGGCGUUUAGCACUCUUAUCAGCCCACCAUUCCCAACAAUAGUAUAUCUGGAAGUUCCUAUUGGUGAAAAACUUGCCCAAGCAGUUCACUCAAAGGGGAUCCCAUAUGUAAUAUACUGGAGAAAUUCAUUUUCGUCUUAUGCCGCAUCUCAUUUUCGCCAUGCGUUGAUGUCAGUAGUUCAAAGUUCGGUGAGCCAUACUUGGGAUGCUUUUCAGCUUGCUCAUGCAUCCUUCCGUCUAUAUUGUGUAAGAAACAAUCAUGUGCAAAGUGUUAAGCUUGGCCCUCGUCUCCUUGGGGAUGCUCCAAAAAUAAAUAUAAGCCCACCUGAGACUGAAAUGGUUGAUGAAGAAGGUUCUUCUGAAGUGACCCCGGCUAUAAAAAUAUACGAUGAAGUAAUCAACAUGAAACUACUUCUAUGUGGAGUGCCAUGCAACUUGGAUCCUUGUUUAUUGGGCUCUUUAGAAGACGGUCUGAAUGCACUUCUGAAUAUUGAAAUCCGUGGGAGCAAACUGCAGAAUCGAAUCAGUGCUUCUCCACCACCUCUCGAAGCUGCAUCUCUACCACGUGGGAUGGUUACUAUGCGCUGUGAUAUCACUACAUGCAGUAUUUCCCAUGUGUCACUCCUUGUUUCUGGUAGCGCACAAACUUGUUUUGAUGACCAGCUUCUAGAGAGCCACAUCAAGAAUGAAAUUAUUGAGAAGAGCCAGUUAGUCCGUGCUCUCUCAAAUAGUGAGGACAAGUUACCAUCAAGCGAGCCUCUAACUUCCAUGUCCACGGCUUGUGGGGCUUCUACCUUUGAAGUUUGGAUGUCACUUCCUAAGUGGGCAGCACAGGUCCUAAAGCAUCUAGCGCCAGAUAUACAAUACAGGAGCUUGGUUGCACUUGGUAUUGGUUGUAUAAAUGGUACUCCUGUUGCUUCCUUUGAGAGGCGAGAUGCAGACCGUCUUCUUUUCUUUUGCACAAGUCAGUGCAAAGAUUUGGCUAAUGAAAAUGGUCCAUAUUUUCAUCUGCCAAGAUGGUCAGCCUCCCUUACCAAGGACAGAACAAAGGUGGGUUCAGAAUCAAAACAAAGUCUGUUGGGUGCAAAUGGAGUUUUGGAAGACAAGAAGCAUAUGAUGGAAGGUCCUUCCUCAUUGUCAGCCGUCAAGGCUAAAUUAAAGCCUGCAACUAUGAGGCCCAUUCCCCACUCUCGAAAACAACAAAUGCAUCCUUUUAUGGGUUUACCUGAAACUUCCCUUCAUGAAACUAGUAUUGUGAAGCCAAGCUUGCCAGUUGCGCCAACUGUUAAGCACAAUUCAGUUUCUUCUGCCCCAACCACGCACAGAAAAUCAACAUCAGGGCCAUCACAUACUCCUUCAGUCAUUCAAUUGAAUCCUCUGCCAAUGAAGAAACAUGGAUGUGAUAGGUUGCCUAUCCAAGUAUGCUCUGAGGAGGACUUCUUGAAGGAUGUCAUGCAGUUUUUAAUCCAGAGGGGCCACAAUCGACUUGUACCUCAUGGAGGACUAGCUGAAUUUCCUGAUGCAAUCCUUAACGCCAAGCGCCUUGAUCUUUAUAACUUGUACAAGGAGGUGGUGUCUAGAGGUGGAUUUUAUGUGGGUAAUGGCAUAAACUGGAAGGGUCAAGUCUUCUCAAAGAUGCGUAACCAUACUGCAACAAACAGAAUGACUGGUGUAGGGAACACGUUGAAAAGGCACUACGAAACAUACUUGUUGGAAUAUGAGUUAGCGCAUGAUGAUGUGGAUGGUGAAUGCUGCUUACUUUGUCACAGUAGCGCACCUGGAGAUUGGGUGAACUGUGGUUUAUGUGGUGAAUGGGCUCACUUUGGUUGCGACAGACGACAAGGACUAGGCACUUUCAAGGAUUACGCUAAGACAGAUGGUUUGGAAUACAUCUGCCCCCAUUGUAGCUUAGCAAACUACAAGAAGAAGCCACCACCACCAAAAGCAGCUAACGGUUUUUCUAAUACAGCAUCUGUACCACGAAAUGUUUAAUUUUCUUGUUUUUUUUCUUUUCCUUUGGUCCCAUGUUUGUGGGAGGAAGAGUCAUUAGAGUAGAGAAUAGGCUGAUGGAAAGAUGGGCAAGGCCUUCAGGGUAUGUAGUGUUCGAAUGUAUCAUCUCGUUAAUUUAGUGGUUAUGAGGUUAUAUAGCAUGUAACAACUGAUAACAGAGACAAGUUCCUACAGUAGUUGGUUAGAUGCGGGGUGUAUGCGUCAUGUUUAUAUUAAUCUCUGCUGUGUUUUUAGUUUC